AUGGGGAAGCUCCUGGGGGCGGGGCUCUGGCACACUGUGACGGGGGAGCCGGGGCUGAGCAGUUGCUCCCUGGUUGUCCAUGUGCCGCUAGCAGCGCUGGAGCCUUCCGAGCCAGAGCGGAGCCGCUGUUCUCAGCUGCAGCCAGGAUCUGCCCGCGGCCCCGCUGGGAUCCAGGGGCUGGUGACCUUCGAGGAGGUGGCUGUGUAUUUCACCAGGGAAGAGGGGGCUCUGCUGGACCCCUCUCAGCGAGCCGUUUACAGAGACGUCAUGCAGGAGAACUAUGAGACUGUGACCUCGCUGGGGUUUCCAGUUUCCAAACCCUCUGUGAUCUCCCAGCUGGAAGGAGGGGAAGAGCUGUGGGUCCUGGAUCUCCAGGGUUCAGAGGAAAGUGAGAUCUCGAGAAGUCCCUGCACGGGUGAUGGGGUGGUGAGGGAGAACAAGGGGCAGAAUCCUCACCAGGAAGAUGCUGAGCUAGCCGAAGCGCAUGGGGAAUUACUGCGAAGAUCCAAAGGGAAUGUCUCCAGGUGCCAUGAGCUGGGAAAAGCUAGUGAAAGUUACCACAGACCAGAGAGAGAGCAGGGAAACCAUUCAGAGGAGAGAGUGGAUGAACCCAUUAAUUGUCAGAGAACUCACAGGGACCUCAAGGAAACUACAUCCCAGAAGAAAAUCCUCAGGGAAAAGAGAGAGAAUACAUGCAGUGAGUGUGGAAAAAACUUCAAUUACCGCUCAGCCCUUAUUCGACAUGAGAUAAUCCACACAAAAGAGAGACCCUACGAAUGCUAUGAGUGUGGGAAAAGCUUCAAUCGUCCCUCUGCCCCGCACUACACCCACCACUGGAUAGAAUCACCACCUGAAGACAAGCUGUCUUGACCCAGGGGACAGAUUUCUCCCUCUCCCAAACCCUCUGCCUUCUUCCUUAUGCGGCCACACACCCUGCAACAGCUGGUCCAAGUCCUGUCCCUCCCCCACCACCUCUGCCUAAGGCUCUGGGAGGGAGUUUGGGUGC